AUGAUGCUGCUGCUGCUAAUAUCUAGAGAAAUUUAUAUUCCUCCUUCAACCACAGUUGAACCAGAUAAAAAAAGGCAGAAACUCAAUAAUUUCAAUUAUAAUAUGUCAACUAAAAUGUCAACUACAUCGACAAAUAAUUCAAACAUGUCUCAUAAUGUUAAUAGUGGAACAUUUACUCCAAUUACUCAAAGUAACUCUUGUGAAUCAAUUACCAACUUACAUAAAAAUCAUGAUAUUGAAAUGCUCGAUGAAGAUCAUUUUGAAAAGAAACAAAAUUAUGGUCAAAUGCAAUCCAUGAGUUAUUUGAAAAUUAAUGAUAAAGAUACUACUGAAUGUCCUUGUGGUUAUUUACAUCCAAGAGGUGCUCAUGAAGAUAUUCAUGCUGUUGGAUUAGCUGAGGUUCCAUUAUUAAGAGGUCCAGAAUAA